AUGGGCAGGAGGUCUUCAUCUCUGGUGGUGAUUCUCUCCAUCCUCUUCGUCGCCAUGACGGCCGUCUGUGUGACGCUGCUCGUACUGAUGUUUACCACGACACACACAGGUGAAUCAAUACGCCGCAGAAAUCCUCCUUCUCCUCCUCCUCAGAACCAGCCCUACCUGGUCGGAGUGGGCCGAGCUGACUGUACCGGACCUGCAGCUGACGUCCCGCUGAUGGGUUACGCCAGCACGCAGCAGACGGCUGCAGGGAUCCACACUCGGCUCUACAGCAGAGCCUUCAUCAUCGACGACGGCAGCAGGAGAGUCGUGUUUGUUACUGCAGACGUAGGAAUGAUCUCCCAGAGGGUCAGACUGGAGGUUCUGCAGGUGCUACAGCAGAAGUACGGGGAUGUGUACCGCCAGGACAAUGUGGUUCUCAGUGGAACCCACACCCACUGUGGACCUGGAGGAUACUUCCAGUACACCCUGUUCAUGAUCAGCAGCGGAGGAUUCAUCAAGACCUCCAUCCAGCCGCUGGUGGACGGCAUCGUCAAGAGUAUAGACAGAGCCCACCAGAACAUGAGGCCCGGCCGGAUCUACAGGAACCAAGGAGAACUGGACCACAACAGCAUCAACAGGAGUCCUCACUCCUACCUGAACAACCCCGAGGACGAGAGGCUCAGGUACAAGGACAACACAGAUAAUCAGGUGUUGGUGCUGAAGUUCACUGAUCUGGAUGGAGACGGCAUCGGGAUGCUCAGCUGGUUUGCUGUCCAUGCCGUCAGUAUGAACCUCACCAACCGCCUGGUGAGCAGUGACAACAUGGGCUAUGCCUCCUACCUGCUGGAGCAGGACAAGAACCCUGGAGAACUACCUGGACAGGGAGGUUUCGUGGCUGGUUUCUCCUCCAGUAACCUCGGUGACGUCAGUCCAAACACCAGAGGACCAGUUUGUAUGAACACUGGACUCCCAUGUGACUACCUGAACAGUUCCUGUCCUGUAGGAGGGACUAACAUGUGUGCAGCGUUCGGUCCAGGAGACGACAUGUUUGAAAGCACAAGAAUCAUUGGAGAAAAUAUCUACAGGAAGGCAAAGGAACUUUAUGCGACUGCAGUUGAUGAGGUCACAGGUUCCGUCCAAUCAGCUCAUCAGUGGGUCAACAUGACGGACGUCAGUGUUCAGAUCAACGACACACACACGGUGAGAACAUGUAAACCUGCUCUGGGCCACAGUUUUGCUGCAGGAACCACAGAUGGAGGAGGAGCUCUGAACUUCACUCAGGGUGCUGUGGAAGGAGACCCAUUCUGGGAUGGCAUCGUAGGAGUUCUACUGGGGAAACCGUCCAAUGAGACGAAGGAAUGUCAUCACCCUAAACCAAUCCUGUUCAACACCGGAGAGAUGAACACUCCUCUGCCGUGGCAUCCUCAGAUUGUCGACGUUCAGAUCAUCUCCAUCGGUUCUGUAGCCGUUGUCGCUGUUCCUGGAGAGAUGACAACCAUGUCAGGGAGGAGGCUACGGGAAGCUGUGAAACAGGAGCUGGAGUCUGAAGGUGCAUUCAGGGACACCGAGGUUGUGAUCGCCGGCCUCAGCAACGUCUACACUCACUACAUCACCACCUAUGAGGAGUACCAGGUGCAGAGGUACGAAGGAGCCUCCACCAUCUACGGCCCGCACACGCUCAGUGCGUACCUGCAAAAGUACCGGGGCCUGGCCAGAGCCAUCGCUCAGGACCGAGUGUCGGAGCUGCCGGUCGGUCCUGAGCCGCCGUUCUUCACGAAGAACCUCGUUAGCCUGCUGCCUGCAGCGUCGAUUGAUAGGAAACCAGACAACACCAGCUUUGGAGAGGUUCUGCAGCAGGUGUAUCCCGUUUACCGACAGGGGGAUGUUGUGUCGGUUACGUUCGUGGCAGGAAACCCGAGACACUCCGGAGACAUCAGGGACAAAACUUUUGUAACUGUGGAGAUCUUGGACAACAGAACAGAGACGUGGGAGGUGGUCCACACUGAUGCAUCAUGGGAGACCAGGUUCCAUUGGCUGAAGGGUUCCAACCAGCAGAGCAACGCCACCAUCCAGUGGUUCAUCCCUCCAUCGGCGCCCAGCGGCUCCUACCGGAUCCGACACUUUGGACACUACAAAGCUUGGAAGGGCUUCCAAACCGUCAUCUCUCCAUACGAAGGAUCGUCCGAUGUCUUCAGAGUCGCCUCCAGCUUCUACUACUAGUGACAUCACCAGAGGCCACGCCCCCUGACCACCAGAACAGGAAGUCUGUGUUUCCAUCAGAAGCUGUUAGAUGGAGGUUAAAGGAGAAUGUUUAUGAAAAAAUAUGUUUAGACUCAAAUUUAAAGAAACGGUAAACUGUACAUUAUUAAAGUUCUGGAGAUAUUAACUGUACAUUAAUAAUAAAUUAUUGUGUAGAAGAAAUGAAUGGAAAAUAAAAAACCUUUAAAUAUUUACUCCGCUAAGGAGCGGCGGAGUUAUGUGA